AUGACCACCGAAGCUGAAGUUCGUCCAUUGGACGAUGUGCAACCUCACGCCGAUACCAACACAGACGCGCCAGCCCAUGACCGCCAAAAUACUCCGGAGAAAGAACCAUUGAAGAGAAGGGCAUCAAACGACGAGGAGGAAGGCUCCGCCAAGCGCAUCAGGCGUGAUGAUCAUUUCCGUGAAGCAACCGACGAAAGACCAAGAAGAGGAUCAUCGCAAAGUCGACGAGAGUCCCACGGCAGCUCUGCGGCCAUCGAUGCUGAUCGCCGUAGGUUGGCGACACAGGAGGAAAAGAAGCGCGGAAAGCGACUGUUUGGGGGACUCCUGAGCACCCUGAGUCAGACGACGGGCAGUUCGCAACAGAAGCGUCGCCUAGAGAUUGAACGACGGCAACAGGAGAGGCUCCAGAAACAGAAGCUCGAAGAUGACAGGGCGCGCGACGAGAAUAGGGCACGGCUCACCGGGAUUCGGAUGGCUGAGCAGAUUGUUUUCGACGAGCAGGUGAUGCGGAACAAACACUCCAAGAUGCUGGCGACGGCCCGGUACUUGCGGACAACGGCACAUCCGCGAAUAUAUUAUCUACCUUGGAGGCUUACAGAAGAGCAAGAAAACGAGAUAGACAACCAAGUCGGGCAAGCCAAGGCGACAAUAGCGCGGCAACUGGAAGCCUUCGCGGCCAGGAAAGAGCGACAUGCAAAGGACAGCGGUCGAGACAGGCGAUCGUCUUCUCCAGUCACAGCACCUGUUCCAGCACCCGCGAGCGAGGCUUCAGUCGACAAGGCGAGGAUUCUCUUUGACCUCUCAUUGGUGAUCUCGGCGGCUCGCUCCCUCACUCAUGACCGUGCUUUCGCCAUGUGCUUAGCCAUGACCAUGCAAGCAAGCGGGAACUACAAUGCACGUUUCAGCGAGCGACAUCUCACCGACGUGACACGGCCAGCAAAGUCGACGCCGGGUCCGGGCCUGACGUCGCUAUCGGGAAGUUUUGUCCGGCCGUGCCUCGGCACCUUGGACACCACCCCACCCUACAGGUUUUGGAGUCUCGCGAAGUCCGAGGAACAUUGGGGACUUUGCGAGCUUGGAUUUUUUUCUUUGAACGGCCCUUUUGCGCUCACCAACCCACACAACUACACACCUCGCAAUCUCGCAAACACACAGCCAACAGAAUAUCCAGCCAUGGCGCCUGAUAAACUCGCGCCAAAUGACCCUCGAGUCAAGGCCGAAACGGCAGAGAUCCGAGGCAAGACUUACAAGUACAUCGUCGGAGAGCCUGAGAACACCCCCGUGGCAACCCUGGUUCUCGUCCACGGCUUCCCAGACCUUGGCUUCGGAUGGCGUUACCAGGUUCCUUACUUUAUGUCCCUGGGCUUCCGAGUUGUUGUCCCUGAUAUGCUGGGUUAUGGCGGAACCGAUGCGCCUGAGUCUCUGAAGGAAUACACCUACAAGAAUCUGGCGGCGGACAUCAAGGAGCUGGCUCAGAAGAUAGUUGGAGAUGGACAAAUCAUCCUCGGCGGCCACGACUGGGGCGGUGCGCUCGUCUGGAGGAUCGCCAUGUGGCAUCCCGAGCUGAUCAAGGGCGUCUUCAGCGUCUGCACGCCUUACCACCCGCCAUCUGAGACUUUCAUCCCGCUCGACAAGAUCAUUGCCAGCGGCCACCUACUCAACUUUACCUACCAGCUCCAGUUUGCCGGCCCUGACGUCCAGGACCGCAUCCAAGGAAAGGACAAGGUGCGCCAGUUCCUAAACGCCCUGUACGGCGGCCGCGGGCCAAACGGAGAGUGGGGCUUCAGCACCAAGGAGGGCAUCCUGUUUGACAACCUCCCCCUCCUUGAGCGGUCGAGGCUACUGUCGGAGGAGGAACAUGAGUACUACACGGAGCAGUACGCGGCACGGGGGAGCCCUGAGAUGCGCGGCCCGCUGAACUGGUACCGGAUGCGGGAGCUCAACCAUGGGGACGAGGUUGAGAUUGCCAAGGCGGGACACAAGUUUGCGAUGCCGGCGCUGUUCAUCACGGCGACGGAGGAUUCGGCACUGCCGCCGGCCAUGUCCCUGGGCAUGGACAAAAACUUCGACAACCUGACCCGAGGAGAGGUGAAGGCGUCUCACUGGGCGCUGUGGCAGGCAGCUGAGGAUGUCAAUGGGCAGAUUGCCAAGUGGGCAGAUGGGGUGUUGAAUGGGGCAUUGAAGGCAUCUCUGUGA